UACUGAGUCCCAAGAGCGUCCAGGUUCGUACCUGCCUUUCUUGUGCAGCAACCGUCGUCACCUUACCUUUUCGACCCCGCCACUGCACUUGACCAUCCACCACUUCGUACCUUCACACAACAAGAGUGAAUACAUCCUCGUACCCAUCUAUCAGCGCAUUCAUGCUUCAGAGAAAUCAACCACACGCGUACUGUGCUGCUUGUUUAGCCAAGAUUCUCCUGCAGGCUAAGAUCAUGAACCAAUCGCUUUGUUGGCAACCUCGUCAGCUGGAAGGCAGCAACACCAGCACUCCUCAAGACGACGAGAACGUAUGGCAAGCCUGCCAGUCCCGCCUUGCAAGAGCCACUUACAGCUACUCUCUGUUUCAUCAUGCGCCUCCUGCACCUUGACGGCGAGGGCAACCUUGGUUUUGUAGAGUACAUCAGCGACGACGUUCCAUCAUAUGCCAUACUCUCGCACACAUGGAGCCAAACAAGCAAGGAAGUCACGUUCGACGCUUUCAUAUCUGGUGAAUACGCAGAGAAACCGGGAUACAAGAAGAGUCAUGAAAAAAUUGGCCGGUGCGGCGAGCAAGCCAGAAAGGAUGGUCUACAACAUUUCUGGGUGGACACCUGCUGCAUCAGGAAUGUCGCCCCGUGAGUUAGGCCCUACGAAAGCGGAGGCUAUUGCCGCCAGAAACGAU